UCUCUAUGCUGUGAGAUCAAACAGAGACGUCGUGGGGUAGCCUCUGUGCUGCGAUUAUGCCAGCACCUCCUGGAUGACCAGGAGACCUGCAACCUAAAUGCAGAUCACCAGUCCAUGCAGUUGAUAAUUGUAAACCUUGAGAGGAGGUGGGAAGCCAUUGUCAUGCAAGCUGUCCAGUGGCAAACAAGGCUACAGAAGAGAUCGGAAAAAGACUCGGAGCCUCUGAAUGUUGUUGAUCCCAGUUUGAUGGAUCUAAAUGGUCCAAGUGAAGAUGCACUAGAAUGGGAUGAGACUGACAUAAGUAAUAAGCUGAUCAGUAUUCAUGAAGACUUAAGUGAUCCUGAUCAAGAACUCAAGAAGGAUGAUCUAAGCCAGAAACCUGCUUCAGGAGAAUGUGGUGAUAGCAAUGUGAAUGAAGACGAAAUUAUCAGUGAUCAUGGAAGUCCUCUUUAUUGUCCCAGCAUUACUUCCCCUCCAAAUCCUCACAUCUAUCAGGUCUAUAGUCUUCAUAAUAUUGAAUUAUCAGAAAAAAACCACAUGCCUUUUUUGAAAAAAGCAUCCAAACUCUCCAAUGUAACACAGUCUAACAUUUUAAACAAAAGUCUUAGUAAAGACUCAUCAUUUUCAUCUACCAAAUCCCUGCCAGACCUAAUAGGGGGGACCACAUUGGCAAAACCAUAUAACUAUAUGUAUCACAGUGGAAACAUAAGCAGGCAUUCUGAGAGUGAGAGUGGGAUAGUGAGUGAAUGUGAUACAGAAACUACAAAUAAUUCAGAAAUUUUUUUGCUGAAUGAUAUUGAAAGCACUCAGAGUAAUCCUGAAAUUAGGCAUGCAGAAACUCAAGUGGAUGAUAUAGUUGAUGUAAUAAAACAAAAAAUAAAGCAAGAUGAAGAAGACCAUGCUAGUCUCUCAGAUGAUUUCCAGUUGGCACCUUCUGCAUGUUGUGGAAGUGAAAAUGAUGAGGAUUUGGACAGCAUUACCAUGUGUAACCCUGUUUGUUUAGAAGAAUUGCAAGGAAAACAUGAUGUGUUUACAUUUUAUGAUUACUCAUAUCUUCAAGGCUCCAAACUCAAAUUACCAGUGAUAAUGAAACAAUCACAAAUUGAAAAAACACAUGCAGAGGGCAGUUUAUUCCAUGGCUUUUGUUUUGAUAAAAUACCUGCUAAAUCUGAACAUAAGCCUGGAGAGUCGAAACCAGAUGGGUUUAUUCAUGACCAUACUCUGGCAAGUAUCCCUGGAGAAUCAGAUCCCAAUUCCUGUAAAUCUGCAGAAACUGUAAGAAAAUUAACUGUUUCAGAGAAUACAAGGCAGGUUUCAACUUUAUCUCAUAGUUCUUCAUUAGAAUCUCUAUCUGUAGUAGGUGAUUUGUUCAGCUCAGGUAUUUUUAAAAGUGGAGAUGGUCUUCAGCGAAGCACCUCUUUGGAAAGCUGGCUGACUUCCUAUAAAAGCAACGAAGAUCUUUUUAGUCAUCAUGGCUCAGGUGACAUAAGUGCAAGCAGUGAUUCUGUUGGAGAGCUCAGCAAAAGGACAUUAGAUCUUUUGAAUCGCUUAGAGAAUAUCCAGAGUCCUUUAGAUCAAAAGAUAAAGCGCAGCAUCUCUGAUAUAACACUCCAAAGUAGCUCUCAAAAAAUGUCUUUUACUGGUCAGCUGUCUCUAGAUAUUGCAUCCUCAAUCAAUGAAGACUCAGCAGCUUCUCUCACUGAACUCAGCAGCAGUGAGGAUCUUUCUCUCUGCUCUGAAGACAUUGUACUGCACAGAAAUAAAAUACCAGAUUCAAAUGCAUCAUUUAGAAAACAUCUUAAUAGAUCUGUAGCUGAUGAGAGCGAUGUCAAUGUCAGCAUGAUUGUUAAUGUCUCCUGCACUUCUGCUUGUACUGAUGAUGAAGAUGACAGUGAUUUGCUUUCAAGUUCCACCCUUACCUUAACUGAGGAAGAGCUAGGUAUCAAAGAUGAAGAUGAUGACUCCAGUAUAGCAACUGAUGAGGAUAUUUAUGAAGAAUGCAAUUUAAUUUCAGGACUUGAUUAUAUAAAAAAUGAACUCCAAACUUGGAUUAGACCAAAAUUCUCUUUGACAAGGGAGAAAAGAAAAAGUAACCUCAGUGAUGAAAUUCAGCGCAGUAAAGAAGUUAGUAAUGAGACAUCAAAAGCCACAGACACAUUAAGCAUUGAAACACUAUUGAAUGGUUCAGUACAGAAAAUAUCAGAAAAUAAUGGCAAUAGCAAGAAUUUACCACGCGAUCGUGAAAAAGGGACAAAGAGUCACCUGAUGAAAGAUAUCUCUCAGGUUGUGAAGGAUCAGCUAGUGGAUGAUAUGGAGAAUGGCAAUGUUGAAAAUACCCUUUGCAGUCAAAAGGAAGGUCUUGUUAGAACAUCAGCAACUCCAAGAACUCAUGCAUCACUUAAUGCCAGAGAAGCUGAAAAUGAAAGUGGUGUCUGUGAAGCAUUUACAGAUAGUUCAGAUGAUUCACAUAUGGAUGGCAAGGAGACUGUUCUGUCAUCAGAUGCAUCCAGAAACCCUCCAAAAGAAUGUCAAAGUCAUCUUCAGCCUGAUCGUCACUCUGUUGCUUCCUCUCCUGCUAAAAAGCCUUGUCUUGAAUCUUCCUCAGAAACUAAUUGUGUAGACGUACAAGAUACAGCUUUACAAGUAUCCUUACCUAACGGCCAACAAUAUAGAGUAAGCAUUACUGAAAAAUCUACUGAUUGCUGCACAGCCUUCAAAUCCAAUGAAGCAGAAUGCAGCUCCUCAGCCAAUGGUCUUGACUCAUGCUGUAACUGUGAAUCUGCUGCUUUUGAUAAAAGAAACAUGGAAGAUGGCUCAGUACACAAUUUUGUGAGGGAGAUAAUAGACAUGGCAUCAACAGCUUUGAAAAGUAAGUCACAACCUGAAUGUGAGUCAUCUGCUCCAGCUUCAUUAGCACAGAUCAAGGAAAAAGUGUUAGAACAUUCUCACAGACCCAUUCAGCUAAGAAAAGGGGACUUCUAUUCAUAUCUUUCACUUUCUUCUCAUGAUAGUGACUGUGGAGAGGUAAUCAAAUACAUAGAGGAAAAGAGCAGCACUCCUGUGCCACUGGACUUCACAGAAGAGAGAGAAAAUAUUGAAUGCUUUUUUGAAGCCUGUCCUGAGGAAGAAUGGGUUGAGCAAUCCAUUUCUAGUGGUACUCCUGAAGCACAAGCUGAGCAGCAGCAACCUAUUUCUAACACUAUUUCUGAAACAUCUCCAGAGUCACUAGAUGAAGUGACUCUAGAGUCAUUAGAAGAACUUAAAACUUCAUCUGAAGAUAGGGAUUUAUCUUUCUUAUGUGAUGAUGACAAUGAUGUAAAUGUCCCCAAUCCUAACAAACAAAGUGCAUCAAACAAUUUGAAAAAUGCUGCUGAUGAUUUGCUGAUUUCAGAUGGGCAAACUGAAGGUUUGGAAAAGAAUUCUCCAGAGCUUAGCACUAAAAAGAGUAGUACAGAAAAAUCACCUGGAACUGAAGAGCCCAAAGGAUGUUUUGCUGCUUCUGAAGAGGCUUCAGCUGUAGAGUUUCAGUUAAAGCCUGGCCAUUCACAGAAAAAGGAUGUUUUGCAUCAGAACAGUAAAACUCUUGCUUGUGAAGAAAAUCUCCUGAAUCUUCAUAAGGAAAGACAUAUAAAUAUGCACAGAUAGAAUGUAACCCUCUCCAGGCACGUACAUUAUCCUAAAAACAGAAACUUGGCUGCAAUUCAGGUGCAGGUUCAUCCUGUAAACCCUGGGAUGACCUCCAAUUCCAUUGUAUCACUGCCUUUCAUUACACUGACUCCCAAGAUAAAUUUUCUUUCCAGACGUGAUUUGUCCAUGUUGGCUUUGUGAUCAGGCUGCAUAUGCUAGUCCUAUUUCAGUGAUCAUUUUGUAUUGUAGCAAGGCCAUUUGCUUUCAUAUGGAUUUCUCUCCCAAGCUACCUCUAAUGACCUCCCCUUCCUAAAUUGGAUGCUUCUGUACUACUUAUCACCGGAUCUGUUGUUUAAAGUUUUGAAGUUCCACAGAAUUCACGAUCAGUCUGAUUCAUCUUUUCAGAACUGUACCUGUCAGUACUCUUCUAUUUUAUGUAUCAAAUUGAAUAUUUAUGUGUAUAAUGCAGAAGUUUAUUGAAACUAUUUUACUUUUAAAGUGACAAUUUUGUUGGAUUGCAGCAAAAAGAGUCAUUAGCCCUCCUGAUUCAAUACAUCUAAAAAUUAAGCAAUUAAAAUAAAU